CUAGGCUCCUAGACUCUUGCUAGAGCUCUGUUUACUAGUGUUAAUAUUCAACACCACGGCCCUAUGCGCACUUGUACCGUAUGCAUGCAGCAGUCUGCCGCUUUCUAGCUGCGUCGCGAUCGUUGGCUCUAGAUAGCUCUGCCAUUGCUUCAUAAACACCGAGUAGACAAGUCAGUUUCUUGAAGUUGUAAUUUGGAGGUCUUCUCUUUCUUCUUCCUUUGAUUGUGCAUGGGGAUUACAGCAAGCAGAUCAAGCGGACCGCGCGCGACCAUGGCACUCUCAAAAGCACAGGCGAUUGUGGAUGCAAACCCCGUCGCAAUCUUCAGCAAAACAUACUGCCCCUACUGCACGCGCGUGAAGAAGCUGUUCAGCCAAUUGGGGGCCAAGGCGAAGGUCGUCGAACUCGACACAGAAGAGGACGGCGAUGAGAUCCAAAACGCCCUGGCUCAGAUGACCGGACAGCGGACGGUACCAAAUGUCUUCAUCGGGGGAAAGAGCAUUGGGGGCAGCGACAGCACUAGUGCUUUGCACAGCCAGGGGAAGCUGGUUCCUCAGCUGCAGGCUGUCAAGGCUCUUUGAAAUGGAGUAAGUUCUUGCGGAGGUUCUUGAGGAUCUCCGCACGACAAUAAAGCUUCACAACUGAAUGCUGGCCGCGACUUGCAUACAACUAGCUCGUGGACUUUGUUUAAUGAAAGUUUCAGUCCUCGAGGGGUGUAGUCUUCAAGCGCGCGACAGUUCUCUCUUGGGAUGUAAGUUCAUAAGCGGUACCAACGCUCAGAGACCACUUAUGUAAAGCUCUGUGCAUAUACAUCCUCACAAGUUACUGUCCAUUUGCUAGAGGGCAAGCCCUUACUCGGCGUCAGAGGUUCUCAUACAAGGCCAAUCUAUGUUCUUGACGGUCUGACCUUAGCAACCAGGUCACGAGAUCACAUGGCUCUGCACAUACGCCUUCUCAGAUCGCCU